AUGUUUCGUGCAUUUAUAUCCAUUCGAAAUGCUUCAUCGCAUUCAUACCAGAAGACAUUGCGAUUGCCCAAAACAAAGUUCCCAAAUAGGUCGAACUUGCAAAAGGCCUUUGAUCAGUUAAUUCCGCAAAGUUCGCAGCAAAUUUAUACUCAACAGUACGAUGAGCUUAUUGUAAAGCUUUCCAAGAUAUCUGAAUGUCCAGAUUCGAUGAAGCUUGAUUUCUUGCGUGAUAAUGUUUUCAUUUUACAUGAUGGGCCACCUUACGCUAAUGGUGAUUUGCAUCUUGGUCAUGCUUUGAACAAGAUUUUAAAGGAUAUCAUCAAUAGACACCAACUAUUGAACGGAAAACAUGUUGUGUACAUUCCAGGCUGGGAUUGCCACGGGCUCCCAAUAGAAUUAAAAGCUUUGAACAAGUUAAAUGAUAAGUUGGACACUAUUUCGCCCAUGAAAAUUAGAUCUAUUGCAAGGGCGCAUGCGCAAAAGACAAUUAAGGCGCAAAAGGAACAGUUUGAACAGUUUGGUAUUUUAACCGACUGGAAAACUAGGUAUCUCACAAUGGAUCCCAAAUUUGAAAUCAAUCAAUUAAAUGUCUUCCAGGAACUCUUCAAGAGAAAUUUGAUUAAAAGGCAACGGAAACCGGUAUACUGGGGGACAGAAACGAAAACUGCUUUAGCAGAAGGUGAAUUGGAGUAUAAAGAAGACCAUGUCUCCACUUCGGCGUAUGUGAAAUUUCCUUUGACUGAGAAAAGUAAAGAAUCUUUAGACGUUGGUGCCAUCCCAACUUAUCUAUUAAUUUGGACAAGUACACCAUGGACAUUGCUCUCAAAUAGAGCAAUAUGUUUCAACGAAUCUUUGCAAUAUGUUUUACUGAGAUUUAACAAUGAGUAUCUAAUCCUGGAAAAAAAUCUGGCUGAAAACCUCAGCUUUAUUUCAGGUUACGAAGUGGUGAAGUCUUUGGACCCCAAAAUCUUGUCUGGUCUAUCUUACACAAACCCUCUGGUUAAAGAUGAUAUUGCUCGUCCUUUAUUCCAUGGUGACCAUGUCACUAGCACUACUGGUACUGGUUUGGUCCAUACCGCCCCUGGCCAUGGUCAUGAAGAUUACACAAUCGGGAUUCAGAACUCCCUUGAAGUUUACUCGCCCGUAGACCAUGAGGGUAGGUAUGAUUUGAAUGAAUUACCAUUUCAUUUACAGACCUAUUUCAAGGAAGAAGAAUCUGGUAAGGGUUGUAAAGUUCUAGAUACCCACACGACUAAAAAAAUUAUUGAUUUGUUGGACAAAGAGAAUAUGUUGGCCCAUCAUCAUGAAUACAUUCAUUCAUAUCCUUAUGAUUGGAGAUCGAAAAAACCUAUUGUUAUUCGUGCCACACCACAAUGGUUUGCUGAUUUACACGAUAUCAAAUCAGCAGCAUUAAGAGCUCUGGAGGAUGUAAAGUUCUUCCCGGAACGUGGAAUGAAUAGACUCACUUCCUUCAUAAAAAACAGAAACGAAUGGUGUAUUUCAAGACAAAGAUAUUGGGGUGUUCCAAUCCCUUCUUUACACAAAAGAGAUGAUCCUGAUACAGUGUUGAUGAAUGAAGAAACAUUAUCGCAUAUUAUUAAAACCAUAGAAUCUAAAGGAAUUGAUGCAUGGUUUGCUGAAUCUACGGAAGAAUCAAUGUAUGAGUGGCUACCCGAAAAGUAUCAUGCCAUCGCGAAAGAUUACUACAGAGGAACCGAUACAGUCGAUGUCUGGUUUGACAGCGGUACAAGUUGGCAUGUCAUUGCUGAUUGGUAUAAAAACAUUGCAGGAUUAAAGUCACAAUUACCAGAGCCGCUUGCAGACGUUUAUCUCGAAGGUUCUGAUCAGCAUAGAGGUUGGUUCCAAAGUUCAUUAUUGACUAAAGUUGGCUCUACUGGAAUCGACGAGGCUCCUUACAAAAAAGUUAUUACACACGGUUUUACGUUAGAUGAGAAUGGUAUCAAAAUGUCCAAGUCAAUAGGUAAUACAAUUUCCCCUUUGGCAAUAAUCAAAGGGGAUGAUAAAAGAAAAUUGCCUGCUUUAGGUGUCGAUGGUUUGCGUCUAUUGGUUGCACAAUCCAACUUUACAUCUGAUAUUGUAGCAGGUCCGACCGUCAUGAAACACGUUGCUGAUGCUUUGAAGAAAUUUAGACUCACAUUCAAAUUUAUAUUAGGUAAUUUGCAAGAAUCCACAGAGUUUGAACUACUUCCCUUCUCUGAAUUACGCAGAAUAGACCAAUAUACUCUCUUGAAUCUAAAGAUACUAUGUGAAGAGACUCAAAAGUUGUACAACCAACACAACUUUUCGAACGUGCUAACUCAGGUCCAAUAUCAUAUGAACAAUGACUUAUCAGCAUUGUACUUUAGCGUUAUCAAAGAUUCAUUAUAUUCUGAUUCACUAACUUCAAGUAAAAGGCGUUCCAUUCAAACAACCCUUUUCCAUAUAUUCGAUGCUUAUCGUAGCAUCAUGGCCCCAGUUAUUCCACUCAUGGUUCAGGAGGCAUGGAAUUACAUUCCUAAAGAGUGGUUUGGGAAAUCUCCUAGAAAUUCUUUAUCGGGCGUGGAAACAGCAUUCACAAGGCAAUGGUGUAAUAGCUUAAGGGAAAUUCCAGAUUCUAACGAAAAUUUGUUGCACAGCUUUUCUAAUAAUGAACUUAAACUUUUGAGCUCUUUCACUCAAAAGUUUAACACGUUGGAUAAUGUAACUAAACCAUUGCAACUGAAGGUUACGCUCUAUUGUCAAGAGCCCGAAUUACUACCGUUUACUCGCGAAGAAAUAGAAGAUUUAUUACAAGUCGGUGAACUGGUUAUAGAAACAGGCUCUCAAUCAGAUUUGCCAUAUCUUGAAUUAAGUUCGACUACUGUUCAAUUGAAGUUGGAGGAGAGUGUGUUACAUAAAUGUCCAAGAUGUUGGAAGCAUAACUCGCCUAAUGAAGAUACAUUAUGUCAUCGUUGUGAGGAAGUGAUUAACGAUUCAUAA